AUGGCGGCCGCCGUGGCCCUCCUUCUGCUCUCUGCCCUCAGUGGAGCGGCGGCGCAGGUGUUCCCGCCGUGGAACGGCACGUUCCCGAUGGGGCCAGGGUUCGGAGGCGGGAGCAGCGGGGGCGGGGGCGCGGGCUCAGCGGCGGAGACGACGGGCGUGCCAGCGAUGUUCGUGUUCGGGGACUCCCUGACGGACAACGGCAACAACAACGACCUGAACUCGCUUGCCAAGGCUAACUACCCGCCCUACGGCAUCGACUUCGCCGGCGGGCCCACCGGCCGCUUCUCCAACGGCUACACCAUGGUCGACGAGAUUGCUCAACUGCUUGGCCUGCCGCUGCUGCCAUCGCACACGGACGCCUCCAGCGGCGACGCGGCGCUCCACGGCGUGAACUACGCGUCGGCGGCGGCGGGGAUCCUGGACAACACGGGGCAGAACUUCGUGGGUCGCAUCCCGUUCAACCAGCAGAUCAAGAACUUCGAGCAGACGCUGGACACGCUGAGCCGUCGGCUGGGCGGCGCGUCCAAGCUGGCGCCGUCGCUGGCGCGGAGCAUCUUCUACGUGGGCAUGGGCAGCAACGACUACCUCAACAACUACCUGAUGCCCAACUACAACACCCGCAACGAGUACAACGGCGACCAGUACUCCACGCUGCUAGUGCAGCAGUACGCCAAGCAGCUGAACACGCUCUACAACCUGGGCGCGCGCAGGUUCGUCAUCGCCGGCGUGGGCUCCAUGGCGUGCAUCCCCAACAUGCGCGCGCGGAGCCCCGUCAACAUGUGCUCGACCGACGUCGACGACCUCAUCAUCCCUUUCAACAACAAGGUGAAGGCCAUGGUGAACAGCCUCAACACCAACCGCCCCGGUGCCAAGUUCAUCUACGUCGACAACUACGCCAUGAUCUCCCAGAUCCUCCGCAACCCAUGGUCCUACGGGUUCAGCGUGACCGACCGCGGCUGCUGCGGCAUCGGGAGGAACCGGGGGAUGAUCACCUGCCUGCCCUUCCUGCGCCCGUGCCUCAACCGGAACGCCUACAUCUUCUGGGACGCCUUCCACCCGACGGAGCGGGUGAACGUGCUGCUCGGCACGGCAGCCUUCAACGGCGGCAACGACGUUGUCUACCCGAUGAACAUCCAGCAGCUCGCCGCAUGGCAGCCGUAG